AUGGCCGACUCUCAAGUUACUCUGCGCACGCGCAAGUUCAUCCGCAACCCCCUCCUCGGACGUCGUCAGAUGGUCGUCGAUGUCCUCCACCCCAACCGCGCGAACGUUUCCAAGGACGAGCUCCGUGGCAAGCUCGGUGAGCUGUACAAGGCCAAGAAGGACGAUGUCUCCGUCUUCGGUUUCAAGACACACUUCGGUGGCGGCAAGAGCACCGGCUUCGCUCUCAUCUACGACAGCGCCGAGGCCAUGAAGAAGUUCGAGCCCCGCUACAGGCUAGUACGCUACGGCAUGGCCACCAAGGUCGAGAAGGCCAGCAGGCAGCAGCGUACGUCUCCCCUGCGUCUACAAACACUGCCGCAACUAUGGCGAUGGAUAUGGGCUAUGGCAAGCAGCGCAAGAACAGGAUGA